AUGUGGCAAUAUCAAAAGUAUCACCACAAUACGCCAUUUCUCGGAGUUUGCGUCUCGUACACCCGAGAACUGAAAGCGAACUCUGCAAUGGAUGGUGAAGGCCCUGGUGAAGAUCCGAGUCGUCGACUGGGCACCUCUUCGAGCAACUCUUCAAGCUCAGACAGUGUGGAAUACAUCAGUAGGAGCGACGACUCUAACGAGGAGGAACAAACGGAGGAGGCAGUGCAUACAGAAUCGCACACCGCAUUCGACCCCCGAACUGCGGCAUUGCCCAGGAUUCCCAACAACGUUCCACCGGAGGAGGUCCCUGAAGGCGUGGACCAAGGACGUCGAAGACAUACUCGUCAAGAGCCGUACCAAAUGCCACCACUCCGGCGUCAGGACGCUACGGUUUCUUUUGCGCCCUACAGUGCCGAUGGUAUGCGUCCAUUCGGCUCAAACCCGUGGAUGAGCACCGCAAGUAUUGCGUAUGGUGGCACCCGUGAUGGAGCAGCGAACAACCACCAUACCAAUGGCAACACCAAUGGUGGCACGGGCAAUAUACCCGGGUUCAGGGGCCACGAGCCACAAACGACUGGCGUCGAGCCUACGCGCACGGUUCCUGAAGAGUUUGAUCAGAGGACAGAGGAUAUUGAAGCCUGGUAA